UCUUGCCCUGUUCAGUAUUUUUAUAACAUUCCGUUACAUGAUUUGUCAAUAACUAUAUGGUUAUCGCUUCGGUACCGUCUAAUUAUUCCUGAGCGAGAGCUGCGUUAUGUUUGCUUUGUCUCCGGUCACAGCGUUUUCGAGCUCUGCCGCACAUGCACCGUGAUUAUGUAAAUACGGAUCGGUUUAGUUAAACUUGGGUUAAAAUUAUACCAGAGAACAACAUGAUGGAAUCACCAGGUCGUUGCAUUGCGCAAUAAGAAAGUGGCGCCUCUCCUCGAAAUCUUCAGCGACGCUUUUUAUGUACCCGAGACAUUCCGCACGUCCCCGAAACAGUGCGUGUCCCCGUGUAUGUGUGUGUGUAUAUGUGUGAGGAGGGGGCUGCGGUGAGUCCGGAGUCACAUGCUUUCACACAUCUGAAGGCUCGGUGACAAUUCAUUUGUUCAUGUUACAUAUCCUUGCCGUUUUAACAUUUGCUGGUGGUCUGCUUCGUCUGAUUUUUUUUUUUUUCCCUUAAAGCUUACGGCAGAUGCGACAAAGGCUUUAUUUUAGUGGAAUCGCUAUCGGUGUGCCUGUUUACUUGCUGACAAAGAAGAUAAAAAAACAACAAAUACGAGACUUAUAGAGAAAGGGAAUGAAUAGCAACGGAUGCGGGAAGCCUGGCGAGCGGGUCAGGUAGCCUAUAAUCGGGAUUCGGGAUUCGCCGCGCCUCCUCCAGUGCGCCGGAGAGCUGCCAGUUGGGACUGGUGACAGAGAGGCGAAUCAUGGAGCGAUUCUCUUGUGGAUUAAGUUGUCAAGCAGUUCGUGGAACGGUUUUUAGAAAAGAUGUACACUUUGCUAAGCCCUAGAGCUGUGUAGCCACAUUUCCGGCGAGGCGCUCGCUUUGAGGAGCGGAUUCUUACUUCUUUACUCACAGAGUCCAAAGCAACAAGAGUGCGGGUCUGCAACUGCCUCGGCCACAUAACGCGAGUGCUCCACAGAGUGGCAGGUUGGCAUCGCUUUAUUUUGCUGCUCUGCUCUGCACAUUUGGUUGGGAUGGAAUGAAUGCACUGUUACUCGGUGUUUCACGCUGCUGUGGUGCGGAUGUGAAAACUUCAGAUCCAGGUGUUCAACAGAGGACCGAAAUUACUGGGUAAAUCGUACCUGGAUAGAAUCGGCUCUUCUACAAUCUCUUUGCCUUUCUUUUUUAUUUGUAGUUUUUACAUGAGUCAGAACAGUCCGGAAGGAACACUGCAAUCGGCGGGCAAAGCAUUUGCGAUUCUAAUGUACCUGCGGUGUGCCAGGUGCCACAGGUAACAGAACAAGAACGGGGCAUUGUCGUUUUUUUUUCCUUCCUGUGCGCUUUAGCAGCUGUUACAAACUGCAGGUAAGAUGCUCAAAGGAUUACUGAUCAACUCCACUUCCUCUCCCAGUUUUGAAACGAUGGCCCAAACCAGCACGCCCAGUUUAAACACGUCGCAAGCCGCAGUCAGCGUGGCGGCGCUGCUCAAGCCAACCGGCCGCGGGCUUCGCGAAGGAGACUUAAACAAACCCGACCUGCUCACCUAUCUCGUUAUGUUUAUCAUUUUGUUUUUGCUGGUCGUGCUCAUUGUGUUUUUUAUCAAUUGCCAGCUGAAGAAUUCCUUCUUUAUGUCUCUGCCCUACGACAGGUCGCUACGGGAAGCCCGCAAUUCAUGGAGAACUGCCAGGGUGUGAUGGAAUCUGACGGCGCAUCCCGUUACAUCGUCCGGGGGGACCCGGUGGACAAUUGUGUCUAUGCAUUCGUUUUAUAAUUCGAUUCUGUUGUAAUUUAGAACAAAAACCAAAAAAAGAUGGAAAUCUGUAAGGAGAGAAGGAGGCUCAUUUAUCACAAUACACGACUCGUUUUGAACUUUU